CCCGACCUCCCAACAUCCGGGUUCCUGUCAGCCGCCGCGGCGCCGCCGCCCGCUCCGUGUCUCAGGGAGGCGGCGGGGCAGGGAGGAGGCAGCGAAGAUGGCGGCGACGGUGGGGAGAGCCGGUUCCUUCGGUUCCUCUUCGUCCGGGCUCGGUUCGGGUGCCGGCUUUUCUUCUCCUUCGUCCGCCGGGACGGCCACGACCAACAACAACGCGGAGCUGCGGGCAGGCGGUGAUGAGGACGAUGGGCAGAACCUCUGGUCCUGCAUCCUCAGUGAGGUGUCCACGCGCUCCCGCUCUAAGCUACCUUCGGGGAAGAACGUGCUCCUGCUGGGUGAAGAUGGAGCAGGUAAAACUAGCUUAAUAGGAAAAAUUCAAGGAAUAGAGGAAUACAAAAAAGGAAGAGGAAUGGAGUAUUUGUAUUUAAAUGUGCAUGAUGAAGAUCGAGAUGAUCAAACAAGAUGUAAUGUAUGGAUUUUGGAUGGUGACCUGUAUCACAAAGGUCUUCUUAAAUUUGCGAUGGAGGCAAGCUCUCUAAAGGACACUCUAAUUAUGUUGGCAGUAGACAUGUCUAGGCCUUGGACUGCACUGGAUUCUUUACAAAAAUGGGCAAGUGUUGUAAGAGAACAUAUUGACAAGUUAAAAAUUCCUCCUGAAGAAAUGAAAGAAAUGGAACAGAAGUUGGUAAGAGACUUCCAGGAAUAUAUAGAACCAGGCGAGGAUUUUCCAGCUUCUCCACAGAGAAGAAAUACUUCAUUACAGGAAGACAAAGAUGACAGUGUGAUUUUACCCCUGGGUGCAGAUACACUAACAUGUAACUUAGGCAUUCCAGUAGUAGUAGUUUGUACAAAGUGUGAUGCUAUCAGUGUUCUAGAAAAAGAGCAUGACUACAGAGAUGAACACUUUGACUUCAUUCAGUCACAUAUCAGACGGUUUUGCUUACAAUAUGGGGCAGCACUUAUUUACACUUCAGUAAAGGAGAACAAAAACAUUGAUUUAGUGUAUAAAUAUAUAGUCCAGAAGUUGUAUGGAUUUCCUUUCAAUGUACCAGCUGUUGUUGUGGAAAAAGAUGCAGUAUUUAUUCCUGCAGGUUGGGAUAAUGACAAGAAGAUAGGAAUAUUGCAUGAGAACUUUCAGACACUAAAAGCAGAAGACAGUUUUGAAGAUAUCAUAACAAAACCACCAGUCAGAAAGUUUGUUCAUGAAAAAGAAAUUGUAGCAGAAGAUGACCAAGUAUUUCUUAUGAAGCAGCAGUCACAGUUGGCGAAACAACCACCUACUGCUGCAGGAAGGCCAGUGGAUGCCUCUCCAAGAGUUCCUGGUGGAUCUCCUAGGACACCAAAUAGAUCCGUAACAUCAAACGUUGCCAGUGUUACACCUAUCCCUACUGGGUCAAAAAAAAUUGAUCCCAAUAUGAAAGCUGGAGCUACCAGUGAAGGAGUCCUGGCUAACUUCUUCAAUAGUCUCUUGAGCAAGAAAACUGGUUCCCCUGGUGGCCCUGGUGGUGUUGGUGGCAGUCCAGGAGGAGGUGGCACUGGAGGUGCUGGCAGCAACCUACCACCAUCAGCAAAAAAGUCAGGUCAGAAGCCAGUUUUAACAGAUGUUCAGGCAGAAUUGGACAGAAUUUCACGAAAACCUGAAAUGGUCUCUCCUACAACACCUACAUCUCCUACAGAAGGUGAAGCAUCUUGAAGACACCAAAUAAAACCAAUUGUUCAGUUUUCUGGGAUAAUUCAAACUUGUCUCUGCCUCUUCCUUCAGUGACUGGAACUAAAGAACUGAAAUAUCUUUCAGAACACAAACAGUUGAUGUCUGUCUUUCAUAUGUGUUGCCCAACUUUACAAAAGGGAGCUGUACAGUUGGAAAACCGUUAUCACAUCAUGUAGGAGUACAGUUCACAGUGCAAGAAUAGUAAAAUAAUUUUGUUCUGGGUUUUGUUGAAAAGUCAGUGUAAUUCUGUAAAACUGCAAGUAUGUCCACUUAAGUGAUAGGGGUUGCUUAGAGCAGGAAAACUGAUACACACCACAGGCACUUAAUUUAUAUUGAUUUCCCAACCUGUUAGGCAAGUUUAAUACUAUCUUAAAUAGAUUAACCUCUACAGGAGAGAACAACUACUAGUUUUUUGGGAGAGAAAAUUAAUUGCACAAAGCUGUAACAACAACAAACUCCAAUUAUACUUGAAUGCUUCAUUUGGAGUAUGGUUAAAAAAAUGUUUGAUCUCCACUGAGAUUUACACUGCAUUCAAAAACCCAUGCAAAAAUUCAUUCCAGAUAGAAGACUAAAUUAGUGGCCAGUUUUUUGGUUUUUCUCUUUGAUUAAUUUCAGACACUGAAUAAAAGAUGUAUAAAGAAAAAGCAGAGGUGAAAUGUACAGAUUAUCAGUAUCCAGAUUUGUCUAUAUAUAUAUGGCUCAGCCUUAAUGUCCCCCGUUAUGUUUCCCACAUUAGUUACGGUUUAAAAUUGGACAUCAAAACUGUAAUCAGUUAAUAAAGUAUUCUCUGCAUUCAAAUUUAAA